GCCCCGCCCCGCUUCGCUUCUCCCCUCUCAUCUCCUCCAUCUUCCUGUAUGUUUCCCGCUCAGCGUCGGCUUUCCGAGACUCUCGCGAGAUUCUGUAGUUACUGGGUUCCGCUUCCCCUCUGGUGCGGAGGCGUCCGAAUCUCUCGGGGCAACGCGAUGGCGACCGUCCGCGAGCCUGCGGCCGAGCGGCUUUUCUCCCUGGACCUGCUUGUGGACUGGGUGCGCCUGGAAACGCGGUUUCUGCCGCCGCUGCCUCCGGAGAACGAAGAGGAGGCCGGGCCACCCUCGGGCUCCCUUCGCCUGGCCGUGGCCUUCCGCCUGCUGGACUUCCCCACGCUGCUGGUGUACCCUCCGGGAGGCCCCGCCGCUCCUUCCCGCGGGCGCCGGCCCGGCUCGUUCGUCUUUGGCCGCGGCAAGUCCUGCCUCUUCCGCUUGGAUGCGGCCACCCUGCAGCGCCUGCUGGGCCUCUCGCCGCUCUACGCGCUGCUCCUGACAGUGCCCCCCGGAAGCCCGACCCCGGCCCCGAAGCUCUUGGGCAGCUGUAGCAUCUCCCUGGCUCCCGCUGCCCGGGGGCUCAUCGGAGAGGGGAAGGGGCUCUCUGCCACGGGAGCCUCCCAGGGCCACCGAGGUCUUUACGUUUUGAGAGACCUAAUGGGGGAGCAAGUCGGGCAAAUUUACCUAGGCUACCGCUUGACCGAUUUGGGGAGCGCCUUGCUGGGCCAUAUUCCCCCAAAGACACCCGGGGCCUUCCAGAGGGAGGAGGUUCCUGCCGGGGCUGGGGUUAGUAGAGUGGAGAAAAUGAGGACAAAUGAGAGUAGUCCCCCAGCCCCACAGGGAAAACAGCCAUUUCCUCCACCUCUCAUCAGCUUUGCUCAAGUGGAUCCAGAGAAUUUGGAAGAUUUGGAAGAACCAAAGCAGCAGGAAGAAGUGAUUGAGAUAGUUACCUGUGAUAAAACUAAACCAAAGCAACAGGAAUAUGUGGUUAAGAUAGUUAAAACUCCCAGCAAAUGCAGCAGGAGUGAUACAGAUACAGAAUUGACAGACUCUUCCCAUUUGGAGACUACAUUGUCAAAUGAGGUUGGGGAAAGCGUUAGUCCAAAAAAUCAGGAAGUCACAGAGUUAGAACUUGAAACAAACAUAAUUUGCCCACCACCUCUUUAUUAUUCUAAUCUGGAGCCAAAAAAGAUACCACCAGUUAAGGGCAAAUUCAUAACUGUACCUCAGAUUAGUAUGCCUAGGGAAUCUAAUGAUAUGGUUCAGAAAGAAAAGGUCCUGUGCCCCUUGGUAAUGAACCAUGGUGCCCCAUCAGAUCAGAGUCAGACUGCAAUGGCCCAAUCUCAGCCUGACCACGGUAUACUUUUUGACCAAGAUAAACUUGACACAAUAAGGCAGCUACCUCUAUUAAAUGCUUUAUUGGUUGAGUUAUCUUUAUUAUAUAAGCAGCCCCUUGAAACUGCUACUGGUAUACACCCUCACUUAUCCUGGUUAUACAGGCCUGAGGAUGGGAAGGCCCCAGAACCUUCUGACAAUGCUACUUGUAAAACUGAAGAAGUGGGAGACAAGUUUUUACCUAAGAAAAAAGAAGAGGUCCUAAGCCCUCCAUCAGUAAGGAAAGAGGUUGGACACAAGCUCAGAAAAGGUGUAUGUUUUGAAAAAAGCAGCACCCAAAAAAAAGUAGUUCCAAGAAAAAAGCUGUUUUAUGGCCUUACAAAUACACUCAAACUCCGUUUGAAGCGGACAAACCCAAACAUGUUACUAUUACAUGAAAAAAGAGAACAGUAUAGAAAAAUAAAAACAGAAAUGCCAGAUACAGAAAAGCUUAAAAUUUUGCCAUCUAAAGGAAAAAGCUCCACAAAAGAACCUGGGAAGUCACACACACUUCCCAGUAAUCUGUGUUUUGCUUCAGGUGUUCUUUUCACUAAAAACAGUAAAACUUUAAAGCAAGAUGGGGUGGAAUCUGAAGGCCAAAGCUCUACAAAAGAAACUCAUGUUUCAGGAACUGGAACUGAGAAAGAGAUAAAUGUUGAAAUCAAAACAAAUAAGGAGUCAUUUAUAGAAACUGUUGCUUUGAUAAACCCCAUUUUACCAGAAAAAGGCAUUCCUAUAAAUGUUUCAGAAAGAUUUAAGAAGGAAGGAAAAGUCCAUCUUCUAGAUGUUGACACAGAGAAUACUAGAAUAGAUAAUAUUGUCAUAGAUUUUAGUAAUAGAGCAAAUGGAACUGUGGGUUGUGAUUUUCAUCCUCAUAAUUCAAAUGAUAGUAAACCAAGUAAAAAUAGCCAUUCUGAAAGCAUAUCUGAACUGAAGUAUUCUGAUGAUUUUACUAGUCCUUGCUAUUCUGAAGAUUUCUCCACUGCUGAUGAUACUUUCGGAAGUUCUAGAGUUCAUGAUAGUAGUCCUGAACUGGAAGCAGAUAACCUCAGUUAUUCUUAUUUAGAUACUGAUUCUAAGUCUAGUGAAUCUAAAAUGUCUGGAAAAAGCCAUAGAAGUGAAGUUAAUUCUGUUCUUACCCCACCUUUUUCAGCUGGCUCACCAGUACAUUCAUUUAAAAAAUCUCAUCUUUCAAAGUCUCAUGGCAGAAGUCUAGUAGAUGGAAAUAGUAUCUCCAGCAAUGACCUUUCGUUACGUUGCAGUGAAGGGAAGAAAAAACAUGAUGACCAAAAUAACAUUCAUAAUUCUGAAAUGAGGAAUACUCAAGGUGUUCCUGAUCAAGUUAAUUCAAGAACUGGCCAAAAAUCUUUAGAAAAGAGCCAGUCACUAAGGACAUCUCAAGUGAGUUCUUAUUUGCCAUCUAAUAUGUCUGAACUAGAACUUAGUGCCCUGGAUAGCAUUGCUUCAGACCAGCUUGAAGAAAAUGAUGAACUUGGCUCACUAGAUAUUUGCAAACAAUACAAAGACAUUUGUGAGUUAGUAAUAAAUAAGCUUCCUGGGUAUACAGUGUAAGAUUGAGGUUUUUUUCAUAUUUAACUUUUUAAAAACCUGGCAUUAUAGAGUUACUAAAAUUUUAUGACAUUUACAUUGCUUAUUUAAUUUAUACGUAAAAUUAUGUGAAUGCAUUCAUUAUGGAAAUGCAAAAUAAAAAUUUGCUUAUGUGCCAUGCUUUUAGUGUUCAAAAUCAUGUAGACGAAAUUUGGAAUAGGUCAUGCAACGUUAUAAGCCUUUUAAAGUUUUCUGUUCAUUUUAUGUAUUGUUCUGAUAAAGGUACAUAUGCUCAAGAAAUUGGUUCUGAUGAACAAUCUAACUAAAGUGGUUUAUAUCCAAAGAAGUUAGGGAAAAAAGCAAUGCUUUUGUUAGGGGGUAUUAGGAUAAUUUAAAAUUGUUGGAGGAGUUGUUAAUUCAUUAUGGGGGACCUCUUGUAUUCAACUUGCUGUUUUAACCACUCUGAAUGAUAUAAAGACAUAAGAUGUCUCUAAUUCUGAGGAGUUUGUAUUCCAGUAGAUGUCAUUACAAUUUAUGUAGAAAACAGACCUGAGGAAAAGGAAUAGUAAUAAGAUUCCUCCUCCAAAUGAAAGAUAAAGCCACUAAGAAACUUGAGAAAAAGCCACAAAUGUUUGUGCUACUAAUAUAAAAGCGCACAAAUGUUUUUAAUCUAUUUUUGCUUCAUUGGUAGAGGGGCAAGGAACAAGCUGAAUGAGGUGCUAGUUGAGAGAGUUAGAGGAUAAGACAUGUCAUGGUUGUGAAGGAAGUUUUAGGGAAGGAGACUUUAACUGUUAAACCACAACACAGAGAUAUGAAUGAGAAUGUGGACCUGAAUCAGAGAGAA